ACAGGCAGUGUUUCCAAAUAAAGCGGCCUUUGUGAUGAUGCACGCAUCUGUGCAUGAAGCGAAGAAGAGCGGGGCAUAGGUGUUAUUUAAUUUGGGAAAGACGAGUAUGUCACUCGUAUUUCAGUCUUCUUUAUUAUCUAAACAAAAAGGCAUCUUACUGAAGUUCCCCCGCUACAAGGGUGCACAUUCUCGCUUAGACCGUCAGUUACAUACCCUGUACCGUGAUGCCCAUAUCAUUGUCAUUAGUAAGGCCGCAGGGAUCCUUUCGCAGCCCGACGAGAGAAGCAUUGGUGGGGCGACUGACCUACUAGGUCUUGUGCGAGCAUACAUCAAAAAAUCUGCAGGGAAACAGAAUGGUGCUUACGUGGGCCUGGUGCAUCGUCUCGAUAGGAAUGUAACAGGUUGCAUGGUCUUCGCGUUGCGAUCAAAAGCGGCCGCACGCUUAUCUUAUGACUUCAAAAAUAGGUUGGUUCGGAAGAUGUACGUGGCAAUGGUAGUGGGGACACUGUCUGGCGAGGGUUUGCUCACAAACUCCCUCGUGCACGGCCGAAACAACGUGGCUCGCGUGAUGAAUCGCGUGAAUGAGUCAUUGCAACCGCCAAGCGUGCCAUCGAACAAGAAAUUGGAGCAAGCACAAUUAUAUUUCAAAUCUCUGGGCACUUUCUACCAUCCACGGGGGGGGGCACAAACAUUGCUUCAAAUACAACUUAUCUCAGGAAAAAAACAUCAGAUCCGAGCACAACUAUCCCAUCUCGGCCAUCCAAUCGUAGGCGAUGUCAAAUACAAGGCUCCUACUCACUUUCGGGACAAAUUUAUGGCCUUGCAUUGCUACAGUCUUACCCUCCGCCAUCCAUCGCAGGGAAGUAGGAUUGUGAAAGAGCUAACAAGCGGCGAAGGUGUUUGUGGGGACCCCAAGGGGCGAAAACUGGACCACGAGAAACGUCAGAUAAUGGAUUUUUAUGCCCCUCUGCCCGAAUCGUGGCAAGCGAGGUUCGGAGCGGACGUAGUUAGAUGUGUGCACGAGUUGCCAAGGGACAUUGGUGAUAUCGCGCUUGCAUAAAAUCUUGUAGCCGUGGGGUACCUUAAUCAAAGCCAGUUCUCAUGGCCACGUGCCCAUCCUAGUUCGUUUCCGCGUAAAAUCCCUUUCUCGAAAGCAAUGGAGGAUCACC